AUGCACGCGUUGUUCGGUGAACAGAGCCAUUAUGCGUACCGCAGUGGAGCCACGGGAGGCUACUCCGCUGGAGUGACACCAUAUGCCUAUGAACAGUACCGAUAUGGCUAUGGGCCACCCUACCUCCAUCCUCACCAACAACAUGUCGGAACUCCCAAAGAUAUGGUCAAGCCGCCAUAUUCUUACAUUGCCCUUAUUGCUAUGGCAAUACAAAAUGCGCCUGAUCGUCGAAUCACAUUAAAUGGUAUUUAUCAAUUUAUAAUGGAACGUUUUCCAUACUAUAGAGAGAACAAACAAGGGUGGCAAAACUCCAUAAGACACAACUUAAGCCUUAAUGAAUGCUUUGUUAAAGUGGCAAGAGAUGAUAAAAAACCAGGCAAAGGGAGCUACUGGACUCUGGACCCUGAUUCGUAUAAUAUGUUCGAUAACGGAUCUUACUUACGACGGCGGCGUCGCUUUAAGAAAAAAGAUGCUCUGAAAGAAAAAGAGGAAGCUCUGAAACGCCAGCAACAGCUGCAACAAGCGCAGGAAGCCCUGGCUGCACAGGAGGCUCUCAGCAGCGCUGACGCGCUAGGGCAAGCACGCGAUGUCAAACCAGAUGUCAAGCCUCGUAUAUUUGAAUGUAGACCAAAAAGAGAACCGGGCUCAGAUUGCUCGAGGUACGAUAAACUAGUAGAGCCCAUGGACGAGUUCAGUGAGCCCCGUUUACCCCCAUCGGCAGUUUACUGCUCGCCCCAGCCGUAUUCACUGGCUGCAGAAGAGUUUCGAGCAGCUACAACUGGCUGGUAUGCUGCACCCGAACCACCAGCUGAACAACUGCCACCAGCUUUUCGUGAUCUUUUCGAGCCACCGAGUUGUCAGUUGGCAGGAUUCCGAGGAGGCUCGCCUGUCCCUGAUGCCUAUCGCGCCUCCCCACCGCCUCAUCACCACUAUCGUACGCCGGCGCCCUCCUACUACCAUCAUCAAGCAUGUGUUGCCGCUGCACCCGCUUCAGCUCAUAAAUCCUACUGA